ACGGGUUAUAUAAACCCCUACAUCGGAUGAUAUCAUUAUUUGAUAACUCUUAUCUAGAACAUGUCGAUCAAAGAUCACUCAAAGUCUGAAUAAUAAUUUUUCCAUUUGUUUAAAUUUGGAGGGAAUUGAAUAUUCCUCGAUGAAGUAUUUUUUGGACAAAUUUUUUGCAAAAUAUAUUUGAUAAAUAACAAGGUAUUCUAGUCAUCCCUGGGUCAGUAAAAUGUUAUUGAAAAUAUACUCUAUGCUAGUUCUAACUCUAGAUGUAAUAGCACUGAUUUUUGGUAUUUGUUUUUCAAUAAUAUUGGCAUUCUAUAGAACAUUAAAACCUCUACCAAUGAAAAGUCUUCAGAAUGAAGUAAUAAUGGUAAUUGGUGCUGGACGUGGAGUAGGGAAAGAAAUAGCUCUCCAAUUAUGUCAGCUAGGGGCGAUUGUCGCUUGUGUAGAUAAGAAUGAAAAAAUGUGUAGAGCUACUGUUCAACAAGCUUCCCGAGAAAUGGCUAUAGCAAGACCUUAUAUUUGUGAUGUCUCUAAUCGGAAACAAGUAGCAACGACUGUUGAAGCAAUACGACAUGAUUUAGGAAAUGUAACAAUGGUAUUACACUGCUGUGGAGUUCCCAGCCCAAGAGCGUUGAUAGAGGAUCCACCUGGGAUUAAAGAAGCCUUGGAAAUAUCAGUAAUCAGUCACUUUUGGUUAUUAGAAUCCAUUUUACCGGGAAUGCAGAAAACAGGACGAGGGCAUAUUGUAGUUUUAUCAUCAGUAGCUGGAUUUUCAGGGGGAAUAAGUCGUGGAGGACGAGUGCCUUUUUCAACGGCACAAUUUGCACUUCAAGGAUUCGCUGAAUCACUUCAUGCAGAAUUAAGGCAAUCAAAUAGUAAUGUUGUCAUAACAUUAGUACACUUUUAUCCUUUCAUCCUUGAUGCAGACGUAGCCAAGGAUAUAAGAUUGAGAAUACCCAGUUAUUUUGGGACGAUGCCAGCUUCAGAAGCUGCUAGAAGGAUUUUGGACGGUGUUAGAAGGAAUUACACUGAGUUCAGUGUCCCUGGAUAUUUAUUGUAUCUCGGCCAUUUACUCAGAAUAUUACCUAAGAAAGCUUCAUUUAUGCUUCAAGAUCUAUUGGAUGCUGGAGUUAACUUUGGAUAAAUCAACUUUAAAUGAAAAAAAAAAAAAUUUCCAACUUCAUGUU